GCUGAAUAACUGAGCCUUUAGUGCCCAUUGGACUGACACUGCUAGCCAGACAGAGGCUCUGCAUUCAAGACCUCGAUCAAGCUUGACUAAAAUUGCAGCAGCCUAGACAAGCAAUACGACCCACUGCCAGUCCUCUGCAACCCUGGAGUACUGACUGUCCUGACCCAGGUACUGCCACCCAUCUGAACACUCCCUUGGCAUGACGACGCUGCACUCCAGCACUCGACACCUCCACCUAGCCAGGCUGCUAUCAUGGAGGACGUGCUCGAAUCCGUUCAAUGGGAUCGGUCAGAACCUGCCAACAGCGACGUCCAAACCCUCGCCGCCGAAACGAGAGCUGCUGUCCAAUCCACUUCUCCACCACCUGCAACGGGUAGCGAUACACUGAUGGCGCAGUACACAGCUGAAGAAGCACCAAUCUUAUUCAACACCCAUCCUGCCAUGCGACCCACGAGUGAACAAGAUGAGCGGACGAAAAUUGCGUGCAUUGUCAGUGACCCGAUUCACGAAGCGCCUGGUACGCGCGACGCCUAUGUCUCCUACCUCAUCACCACCACCUCCACCUUUCCCGGUUUCCAAAAGCCAGAGUUUCGAGUGCGGAGACGCUACAAUGAUUUCGUCAUGCUACACACUGCGCUAAGCAAUAAUUAUCCAGCCUCUGUCGUACCCCCGCUUCCAGACAAACAUGCAUCCGCCUACCUCAAAGGCGGUCGCUUUGAUGCCGAAUUCACUGCUCGACGCUGUUUCUCACUCAACCGCUUUUUGCAUCGUUGCACCCUUCACCCAAAUCUCAAACGAGCGACGGAAUUGCAUACGUUCUUGGAGUCGCCAGACUGGCAUGCGUAUACGCGCACAAUGCAUCACACACGGCGCGGUACAAUGGAUGGUGCUUCAAGUAGUGGUAUGAUGGACGGCCUAACAGACUCGCUCAUGGGCGCCUUUUCGAAACUUGCCAAGACGGAUAAACGCUUUACGGAUGUCCGCGAGCGUUCAGAUAAGCUAAGCAAGGAUCUGGCAACAAUUGAGAAACUGGUAGGAAAAUUGGUACGGCGCGAGACGGAUGUGCAAGCGGAUUUUGAUGAAAUGGCAGGUCAUUUUGUCAAGUUGGCAGAGAUUGAGCCAGAGCUCGAUGAUGCCUUUCGUGCUUUUGCAAAAGCAAUGAGUGGCACGGCGCUGCAUGUUCGCGAUCUCAGAGCGCAUACUGAUGCGGCGUACUUGACGUCCCUACGUGAUCAAGCAUCAUACAAUACAACACUCAAGCAACUCCUCAAACUACGCGAUCAGAAACAGCUUGAUUUUGAAGCAUUGACGGAGUAUCAGCUCAAAACAACACUCGAGCGUGAUCAGCUCGCGAGUGGUCAACCGCACACAAACUUUAUCCAGCACAAGGUGGAGAACUUGCGUGGUUUGAAUCAUGAUGCUGUUCGCAAGGAAAAGCUACGCAAGCUGGAGACAAAAGUGCAUGAAUUACAGUCAGAAGUUGAAUCAGCGCGUCUUACGAGUGAAGCAUUUGACGAGGAGGUUGUGCGUGAGGUCAAGAUUUUCGAGAGUACAAAAGGCGUCGAGAUGAAGGCGAGCAUGCGGGACUUUGCACGCGCCAAUAUGGACUUCUACAAGAGUAUCAUCCAAGAGUGGGAGUCUGCUGGCAAGAGGCAAGAAGCAUAAUUACAGAAACACUCUAUCAUGAAUUUUACCAUCCAUUCCUCGCAUGGUGUAUGAGAGGACGCCUUCUGGCAAAAGCUCGAGUGUUCCGUAGUGGUGUUCUAGUUCAGUGA